CUCACUUGUUUCCUCGAUUUGAUUGGCAUGCUUUUUCUCAGCUCCUGCCUGGUGGCAAGGAAACUGCAAUAUCAGUGUUCUACCCCCGUGAAGACAUGAUAGACCAAGGUUAUACAACCUUUGGCUACAUGAAAAUGCAAAUGGUGGUAGCUCAUGGUGGGUGCUGUGCGGAACGUGUUGUGUUCGGUGAAGACAUAACUGAUGGAGGAAAGGAUGAUAUAGAAAAGAUAACAAAGAUUGCUAGAGAGAUGGUGAUCAGUCCACAAAAUGCUAGGUUGGGGCUUGCUGCUUUAACAAAAAGAGUUGGACUGUUGGAUCGACCUGAUAGUUCAGAUGGAGAAUUAAUAAAAUAUAGGUGGGAUGAUCCCCACGUCAUACCUGCCAACAUGACACCUGAAUUGUCUGAGCUAUUCACUCGAGAGUUGACAAGGUACAUUGAAGAGACAGAAGAACUUGCAAUAAAUGCUUUAAGAGACAACAGGCACAUACUGGACAUGAUUGCAAAGGAACUAUUAGAAAAGUCGAGGAUAACUGGAUUGGAAGUUGAAGAGAUGAUGAAGGAGCUGUCUCCUGUAAUGUUUGAAGAUUUUGUGAAGCCAUUCCAGAUAAACUUGGAAGAGGAGGGACCGUUGCCUCACAACGACCAGUUGCGCUAUCAACCGUUGGAGAUAUAUCCUGCACCACUUCACAGAUGUUAAAACGCUCUCCCUCAACUGAGCUCCUGGCAUGCAAUAAAGGGUAGUUCCU